ACCCCUCUUCACCUAAAAUAACAUCCAAAUUUUCCACUUCCCAAAAUGCUCUUGCAAAAUUCAUCAAAUAACUAGAAGCCAAAGGGCAUAAAAGUAAAAAAGACAGAGAAAAAAAUGAAAAAAUGAAAAAAACGGACCGUAUGAAAAUGCAAGACCCACACAACACACAGAGAAACGUUGCAAGAAGCAAAAGAGAAAGCAGAGAGAAAAAAGUGGAGGAUUGUUGAAGAAGAGAGAGUCUCGUGAUUUGAGAAGGCCACACACACACCCUCCCAUCUCCGAAACAAAAGCUUCAAAUUUCGGUCACAAUUUAAAGAAAAGGGGAUUUAUUUAAAAACUAGGAAAAAGAAGAGAAACAAAAACUUGGGGUGUGGCAAAGCAUAAUCGUUUGGUAGUGUGUGUGUCUGUGUGUGUGUUUGAAGCAAAAAGGUGAAGUUUUUGAAUAGAUCAGAGGUGAUGUCGUGUUCUUCUUCAUCUGGGUCUGAAGAGGACGAUGAGGGGUUCGACUCUUACCGGAAAGGAGGGUACCAUGCCGUCAGAAUCGCCGAUCAGUUCGCCGGUGGAAGGUACAUAGCGCAGAGGAAACUUGGUUGGGGUCAGUUUUCCACCGUUUGGCUUGCCUAUGAUACUACAACAUCUGCGUAUGUUGCUCUCAAGAUCCAGAAAAGUGCAGCCCAGUUUGUUCAGGCCGCCCUUCAUGAAAUUGAUGUUCUUUCAUCCAUUUCUGAUGGUGUUGAUGUGAAUUCAAAAUGUGUAGUCCAGUUGAUUGACCACUUUAAGCACACAGGUCCUAAUGGCCAGCACCUUUGCAUGGUGCUUGAGUUUCUUGGGGAUAGCUUGCUUCGUCUAAUAAAAUAUAACCGGUACAAAGGCCUUCCAAUGAAUAAACUUAGGGAGAUCUGCAAAUGCAUUUUGAUUGGUUUGGAUUAUUUGCAUAGAGAACAUGGUAUUAUCCACACAGACCUAAAACCGGAAAAUGUUCUUCUGAUUUCUACCAUUGAUCCUGCCAAAAACCCUGUUAAAUCUGGAGUCACCCCAAUAUUAGAGAGGCCUGAGGGAAACACAAAUGGUGGAGUUACUAGUCUUAUUGAGAAAAAGUUGAAAAGGAGAGCUAGGAGGGCAGUUGCUAAAAUAUCUGGAAGAGGUGUUUCAAUAGGAGGAACUGAAGCUCCAAAGUCUGAGAGAAAUCUUGAUGGGAUUGAUGUGAGAUGCAAGGUGGUAGAUUUUGGAAAUGCAUGUUGGGCUGAUAAGCAGUUUGCUGAUGAAAUUCAGACAAGACAGUACAGAGCUCCUGAAGUAAUAUUGCAGGCUGGUUAUUCCUUUUCCGUUGACAUGUGGUCUUUUGCUUGUAUCGCUUUUGAGCUUGCCACCGGUGAUAUGUUAUUUACACCCAAGGUUGGACAAGGUUUUAGUGAGGACGAGGAUCACCUUGCCCUGAUGAUGGAACUACUUGGAAAGAUGCCCCGGAAGAUUGCUACAGCUGGAGCAAAAUCCAAGGAUUUCUUUGACAGACAUGGGGAUCUCAAAAGGAUUCGAAGACUAAAGUUUUGGCCCUUGAGCAAAUUGUUGAUUGAUAGAUAUAAGUUUCCAGAGAGUGAAGCUCAUGAGUUUUCAGAGUUUCUUUUACCACUCCUUGAUUUCGCGCCGGAGAAGCGGCCAACUGCUCAGCAGUGCCUGCAACACCCGUGGCUCAAGGACUGUGAGUCUGCACCAAAUAAUUCUAGUGUGGAAAAAGUGGAUGCUGGGAUGAGCAACCUUAAAAUCAAGGCGGGACAGUGAAGAGAAAGGUAUUUGACAGUCACCCUCCAUGACCCUUCCUUCCCCAUGAAUGACUAUUGAUUGUAAUUUGUUUUUGGUUUGAUCAAAUUUAAUAAGAUUUAUUUUUUUAUUGGAUUAACUACUACAGAGAUGUAAAUUAGUAAAGAAUUUUGUUUAUCCAGAGACAUCUGACACAAAAUUUGUGUGUAUAUUUACCACAUGAUUUAACUCUAAACUUUUCUCCCUAAUCCAUUACUUGCAAAGAUGU